AUGACAUUGAAGUACAUCGACAAUGCAAGAAAGAUACUCUGUAUUGGCCGUAACUAUGCGGCCCAUAUCAAGGAAUUGAACAGUGCUAAACCGCAACAACCAUUCUUCUUUCUUAAACCAUCAUCAGCUAUCUUGAAACCGAGUGCCGGACCAUUUCUUAUCCCCAGGGGGGUUGUUGUCCACCAUGAAGUUGAAUUAGCUUUUACAUUGAAUCGUGAAUUAAAGAAUUUACCCGACACGUUCUCCCCGCAAGAAGCACUUGACAGUAUUGAGGGUUAUGCAUUGACUAUUGAUAUGACUGCGAGAAAUGUACAAGAUGAAGCAAAGAAAAAAGGGUUGCCUUGGUCAAUUGCCAAAGGGUUUGAUACUUUCUUACCAGUAUCUGCAUUUAUCCCAAAGGAAAAGAUUCCUGAUCCUUAUGAUGUUGAAUUGAAAUUGACUAUCAAUGGCGAGGUGAAACAACAAGACAAGUCUGAUUUGAUGUUAUUCCCAAUACACAAAAUCUUGAGCUACAUGUCAAACAUUAUGACAUUGGAAAAGGGUGAUUUGAUCUUGACAGGAACUCCAAAAGGUGUGGGUCCAAUUGUUGAUGGUGAUGAAGUAGAAGCUACGUUGAGUGUUGGUAGGGAAGUUAUUGAAACUAUCAAGUUCAAAGCAGAGACCAAACCAGGAUACUACGAAUAUAAGGAAACAUAA